AGUUCAGUUUCGGGCCCUGUGGGUUUCGGACGCGAUCUGCACGCGUAUUGUUGUUGGCGUCGGAGCACAGUCGGUCAGACUAGUUCAGACAGUAGCCUCACCUUCCAGUUACGGCAGUGCACGCGACCAGUUUGGAUGUGUCCGCACAAGUUCCGCUCAUACGACUGCAACGACAGUCGCCAUCGGGUAGCCUGAUUAGCAAAAGAGGGGUGCUGUGAGUGAGUGGAUAAAACUAUCUCUCUAGCAGGACGUAACGUAACGUACGCUGCAGCUUUACGUCGCCACUCGGCAGAACAAUCAGUGAAGGUAAUUGUUAUCAUAAGCCUAAUUGAGCUUCCCUGGAGUUAACAUUUUCGCUAAGGGAGCACGCACAGGAUAUUUCCUGCGUCUAAGGAUAAUAAGUGGUUGUUGAAGGACAGGUGCGUGUCAGCUACACUGCACACUGUGUUUGUGUCCGUGUGUUGAGAGGCAACACUCAAGGCACAGCAGCUGCACCGUAAGUGAACAAACGAUGCCACCAACAAGUGUGACCGAGUGCUAUUAACAGACCCCGUCCUCGAUCGUUCGAUCGUUACGGACAAGUGUGUGUGCGUCCUUUCACACGGAUACGCGAUACGGAACACAGCGACUGCGGGGUCUCGUGCGGCCGAUAUCAUGAGUGACGCUAACAGCCAUCUGACUGAAUGGUUGCAUUGUUGGUGCGAUAAGUGUCGAUUACACGUAGUGGUGCACACUUGAAAUCGAAGGCCAAAACCCUGUACAGUGUGUUCACAAAACUGGCCUAGGUCGAGCCGACGUCCGGCAGGAUAAGUGUAUCGUUGAGUGGUUUGCCGUUCGUGGGGUGAGUUCAUCCCCAUUCGAGGGCAAUCGUUACGUGCGUGCGUGUUCGUGUUCCAGGGUGUUGCGAUUACGGUGAGCCUAGGUGCGUGUGCCUAGGAUUCUUUAGUACCGUGCCGUGUAAAUUGUCUCUAUUUGUGACGUGUGUCUCUGUGUGCAUGUAAAGUAGUGUGUGCUCAAAUCUGUCUAUUGUGGGCGCGCGUGUGUGUGUGAGCACGUGUAUGUGUACGUUCAGGCGUAUGUGAGCGGGAAAAUAAACAUGAAGCGUCUAAGUCGUCCCCGGGCAUUGGUCUGUCAUCUGCUGCUGGCGAUCAACAUUCUAACCGUUUGCUGCAGCAGCAGCAGCAGUAGUAGCAGUAGCAGCAGCAGUACGGGCACUGAUGUCACCAUUCCAGCAGACGGUUCCAUACCCUCCAUAGCAAGCACGGCGGAAGCUAAACCCAAUUCCAAGGAUCAGCAACAGGCGAACCAUCGGCAUCGGCGGGAAAACAGACGGGACGAUGAGUACGCAACCGGCACCAUCGGGGAUGAAUCCUUGUCCUUGGGUGGAUCGAUCGGGCCCGGUCCCGCGGACGAUGGGGAUCGGGAGGAAAAUUUCAUCGCACUAGCACCAGAUGAAGCGGAUAUUUAUAACUUCUCCAACAUCAUGAGCAUGACGAUGGCAAACGGCCCGGCUGGUACCGGUGGUACGCGCGGUACCAAUGCAAAUGAGCCAAAUCCAUUUAAUGAAUUUCGCAAUACACCACGCCAACGCAACCAGUCCCCGGAACAGGCUGCUCCCGGUGACAUUGAGCAGCUGCCGGUGGCAAAGGGUGAAAAGGAACUGCCCGAACUGACGCUCGACGAUGAGGGUGGGUACGGUGGGGAUACGGUUGGACGCAUCGAGCCGCUAAGAAGUCGCUUCGAUGCGGAACCGAACGGUGACGAUGAGGACGGUGGAAACGGUGGUGAGGUCGAUGUCGAUUCUGAGGAUGAUAAUGCGAUCGAGCGAAGUCGCUUUCUGGCGAAGGCACCGGCGGCAACUGAUGGGCAAGAUGGCCGUACGUCUCGUACCGAUUCCGAUGCAGCACUGCUGAGUAACAGUAUCGACUUUCUGAACUCGAUCGAUGGUGCGUACCUGCUGGCAAAUGCGGCAAACGGUGUAGCGGAGGGUGAGGAUAAUGGCAAAAAUGGUGAUCUUUCGCGGAAAAUAUUGGACGACAAUGACAAUAAUAUCGCAACACGCAAACCAACGCAAUCGAGUGCAGCGAUCGGUAACGAUCAGGAUAAUGGUGAAAACGAACUGUUUGAUCAGAUGGAAAAGAAAGCCAAAUCGUACCGCUUGAAGCUGUAUAAGAAGCACAAGAACUUCAAGCACACGCACCACCAUCGGGGUGGGAUUUAUCAUCAACCGUACCAUAACUUUCACCACGACUACUAUCGCCGCAAGAUGCUGGAGCGUGAGCGGGAACGCUGGAAGAAGAUGCAGGACCUGAAGCCGGACUAUCAGGGCCAGAUCAACUACUACGAGAACUCGAACAAGCUCGAAACGAACGACGACAUUAUGGCGCAUCUGAACGGUCACAGCAGCCAGGAGAAAUGGCCCAAUUUCGACAAGGUGAUGACUUCGCUCAAGACGGAAAGCAAACCGGACAACAUCCCACCGUACAUCAAGAAGUACAACCGGCGCAACAAGCAGCUGAUCGAUCUGCUCGAGGGUACGAUCGCGCCCCUGUCCGACUACAGUGCGCACAAGCACCGGGAACGCAAGUAUCAUCGCAGGAAAAAUCCGCACUGGAUGGAGGAGGACCUGUUCGAGGAGCAGCGACCGAACCAGGCGAAGCCCCAGGGCCUUCAGCGCAACUACAUCCAGGAAACGAUCCAAUCCUCGACGAUACACUCGAACGCACUGCCCGGCGAGGGCAUUCACAUCAUCUACGACAAAAAGCACGCGGCGGAUCAUGACGAUUUCGACGAUGGUGGUGGCGGUGCGGGGCCUCACCUACUGUACGGCCGGCCAACCAUCUCCAGCGGAGGCCAUUCGACGGAUGGACAUCAUCCGAACUACAAGCUGUCGUCCCGGGCUGGUCAGUUCGUGUAUCAUCGUGUUGCGUCACCCCAACCGGUAGGCAAUGCUGGUUACGGACGGUUGAAGCGCCAACGUUUGCCGUUUGUGGCGAUUACGGAUCGGCGCCUCAGUGCACCACCGAAGCGUCGCCCUGCGCCGAACGGUGGCCCCAACCAUGUCAACAACAAUCUACUGAAUCACCAGCCGAUGCCUUAAGAAUCGAGAUCUGUCUAACUCUGUCUCCCCUUUACCUAGUCUGCUUACUCUCCCGGCCCCUCUUGGACUGGUGGGUCAUUUAGUUUCAUCCUUAUCUUCCCUACCUUGCGCCCCUUUAAUUGACCUUUUAAAGAAGUCGACAUAGUCGACAUAAGCAGGUCUUACUGCUGGUUGGAACAUAUAGUUUCGCUUAACACUCAUAAACGCUCUCUUAUUACUUCUUAAAUAUUUCAGUUCCCUCUAGUCUCCCCAUCCCCUCCCCUUUCUCCCCACCUCUUCCUUACAAUUAUUUCCUAUUGCCUCUCUCUCUCUCUCUCUCUCUUCCUUUCAUUAUUUUUACAUAAGCUUUAACACUAUUGUUUAUAGCUGGCAGCAUUUCGCUGACAGGACGCUCAGGUGCGUCCUCACGUUAGAUCGCACCCGGGUUUUUAUCAUCCGGUUAUCUGGCACACUGUUUCCGUUUUCGCCACAAGGCUAGGGCUGACGAUGAGUUGCUAUCGAUCGAGUGCGAUCGCGCUGGGUUUUUGGUAUGGGCAUCGCACACAGCACCACACAAAAUGGCGAACGUGCCAUAAUGUCCGGGCAUGCUAACGGUCGGACGAGUUGGCACACCGAACAAAGAGCAAAAUACAGCAAACAAACAAAAAAAAAGCAGGCAAAAGGCAUCUGUUCCGUGAUGUGUGCGUAUCGGGAUAGACACUGAUAAAAAAAAAACCAAAAAAAAAAAUCCAACCCAAAACAAACAAACCAAACAAAACAUGAUAUGAAAACAAAGCAAAGUAUUGUGAAAACACAAGCAGAAGACGAAGACAAUAUAUAUUUACCGAAGAGAUGAAGAGAUGAUGCUGAUGAUAAUGAAUAUGCUCACGUAUAGGGGAUGGAAAGUGAAAAACGAUAAUAUAAAAGGGUGAAAAAAGCAAGAGAACCAGAAGCGGCAACGUUUAAACCCACAAACAAACGAAGAAGUUGCAGAAGAAAAAGAAAAAAAAACAUUACAAAAACAAAUCAAUACAAAAUGUUACAUAUGCACUUAUGCAAUUACCAUCCCAAAACUAUUCUACAAAUUUUUGGGGAAUGAAAAAAAGAGGGGCGGAAGAAAAGCGGAAAGUGGAACGUUCGUUACCAUGUAAGACAAAUGAAAACAAAAAAAUAAUUACAAAACAAAACACACACACACCGUUGCAGUGCACCGUUUGGCUUAUCCGAGAUCGAUAGCAUCGAGUCAUGUUUUGGUAGGGCCCGAGUAUGUAUGCUGGAUAUUGGUGGAGCUGUACUGUGUAUUUGUCUGCUAGAAAUUAUCACCCUUCUUGGCCGCACCUAACAAGCUAACAACAUAUCAAACUGACUAGCUUCACGUCACAAAAGCAGUUGGCAAAAAUGGCGUUCAACAAAUGGCAGCCCGUUCAUCUGAUGCAGGCCGACCGGUUCGCCAUACCGCUACAGCUAUACUAGCACCAUUCCUGUACACACUCCACGUGGCGGUUGUCGACCGAGAUAUCUCCCUGUUUGCUCGAUCGCUUGAAUUUUGUACCUUGCCGUGGAAAACAUAACAAAAUGCCCUCCCGCACGGUAGUCUUUAAAAUCUUUAAUGCACAAACAAAAGACAAAAACAAAGUCAUGACAAUAAUAAACAUUUUAAAAAGACAGUUUUUAAUAGCGGAAAACAAGACACCUCGUAGCGAAGACCACGUGAAUGCUGCGUGAUGGGAGAAAGUAUGGGAAUCGAAGGCACAGAUGUUUAUUUGUUAACCUAUUUCGCGACAACCGAACAAAAAAACAUCCCCAAAACACCAGUCUUGCUUUUAAAUAUGUGUGCAAUUCACCACACACCUGUCACAUAAAAAAAAACGCUGGGACAACCAACACGAUGCGCAACAGUGAAAUGUUAACGUAAGUUUUCUAUGAAAACACAUAAGCAAUAGAAAAUGACAAUAUCUUAUAUGGCGGAAGGCCACGGACGGGAAGUGCGUAUGCUGCCACCGACGUACGAGCAUAACCGGCGCACUAUUUGUUCCCAGCACGUUCAUUUGUUCCUCCUUUUUUGCCACAAACCUUUGCCAGGCCUUUAUGCUUUAUGUGUCGCACGAUGUGUAACUUUGUAAUUAUUUACAACUAGCGCGUCAUUGUUUUGGCAUUCUUGCUUCAUUAAAGUUAAGCGAAAAUUUGCACACACGGACAUGCAUUGUGUCAAGCACGAAGAGAGCACGGUCUUAAGAGGAAAUGUUUCGUACGGUGAAGGUAAAAUUCAAGCCGACAACCGAAUUAAAUGAAAAAAAAAACACACACACACGAAAACAAUGAUCGAUGUCAGUGAAGAAAAACACAACGGAUACUCCAACCGGUCACUGCACUCUGUGUACUUAAGCGUAAGAUUGAUAAAACAGCAUAUAAGCAUAAUCUAAAACACUACACAGCGUAAAAAAGAGAGAGAGAGCGAAAGCGAAGGAGAAAACACUUGUUGUGCAAAUAUUUCACCACAAAAUCACCAGCAAACAUGGGAAGUAAAAUUUUAAAAUGACAAACAAAUGGAAAACUGUUACAAAAAAAAAAAACAAACAAUACACACAAAUACAAUUACAAACAAGCACACCCAAAAAAAUACACUAGGCUUCACAAUACAACCGCGAAAAAAAAAACGCGGAACAAAAUGAGCGGCCGAGAAGAGAAACAUCAACUAAGGUAGGAGAGAACAAAACUAAUGAAGAAACAAGUUAUAGUCAAUUUUCUAACGGUUCGAAUGUGGAACGGUCUCGAGAUAAAGUUAAAACGAAGAAGAAUAAAAGAAGCUGUGAAAAUACCACAAACCCCCACCCCCACCCACGGGUCGGGUCUGUACAGAAGAAAGUGACAGAACAAUACGCCCGAGUAGUAAAAUGUGAAGCGUAAACAAAACGGCACUAGCAGAUGGGGAAAACGCUCACGCAGCCACACACGCCAUCUGGCGGGCAGCAAAAGUAACUAGCCUGUAAGUAAAUUUCCAAUACAUAGGUCAGUAUGUGUGUGUGUGUGUGCGUAUGUAUAAAAAUAUUGACAGAAAACUAAAUUAAAUCCCAUCAUCAAAUGACAGCUGAUAAACGAGAAGGGUAGAAAAGUUAUUAAUGGGAAAGUAGUGUUUCAUUUCUUUUUUUUUUAUUUUUGGUUUUCAUUUCCGGUUAGGAAGCUUGCAGCAUUUCUGUAUAUUUUGGAGCAGGCUGUAUCGGGCCGACCCUACAAUUAUAAGUCGACUUACAGUCAUUAGGGUAGGUUCAUGAACAUAUAUGUACACACACAUACAACCGCACACGUACACACACUCACAGAGAUGAAAAAACGCAUACACUUUUGGGUUGGUCCUCAAGUCUCGCUUGUACUAUUUCCCCAGAAGAAGGUAAGACAUUUUUUACACUUUUACUCCUAUCUUCUUCUGGGCAGCGACGGGUGCAAACGUGAACGAUGCAUCCGGGAUGGUAACACUGUCCUGAAAUCGUUCCUGAUUAUCGUUCUCAGGCAACGUCAUGAGAAAGAUGCAGGCCAAUUCAUCCAUGCCGAUGCGUUUCGUUUUUUUUCCUCCUCGUUCAACAUGGUUUCUCUCCGACCAUCAAUCGGCAGCUAGGUAGAACGCACUGGCCGUGUCAGAUUAGCGCACAGCAGCUAGCACGCACGCGUUCUAUCCAAAACGUAGACUUGUUGUAUUGUUUAUGCUCCGCAAAAAAAACAAACUAUCCCUAUCUAUGCUUUAAUAGGUGACGUUGCGAAACGGAUCUUACGAUUUAUGGAAUGAAAUGAAGAGAGAGAGAGAGAGAGAGCGCUUCAAACUGGCGCACUUAAGAACAGUCACUUAAGAAAGGUAUCGGAAAAUGAAAAUGGGAAAGCUCGACGCUACUGAGAGGCCCCACAAUAGAUCGCUCUGCUUUUAAGGCUGUAUCACUUGAUCUUUUCCACUAAAAUAUUUUUUUUUAACAUUUGUUUUCGAAAAUUAUUUUUCAAUAAUUAAUUUUGGUUAAAAGUAAGAAUCUGUUUAUGAAAGUAACUAAAUAUCUUCUUUUUUUCAAACAAUAGUCGUUGCACAACACUUUCCAGAUAGAAAAAUAGUUAUCGUUCAAAUACGCACUAUUUCUGACCACAAGUAUUUCAUUUGUUUUGUGAUUUCAAUUAAUUUUAUUAAUAUUCACCAAAACAGCAGAACAGUUCUUUCUAAACAAAGCACUAUCAUCGCAGAAGCAUCGUAAAGGCACUAGUUAGCUGAAUGUACUCCACAUCGUUUUGUGACAAAAAUGCCAUUGAAAGAGUGGAACAGUACAUACGAUUUACCAUCAUUGGUGAGGCAAAAAGAAAAUAAGCAGAAAGAAAACGAAAUUAAAAUGCUAAAGAUAUAAAAUAAACAAAAAAAAAACAUUCCCCCCAAAAAAGACACGUACACCACAUACAAAUCCCAACAAAAAAAAACAACAAAUGGCAAAGGAACAAUAAGAUAGAAAUAAAGGAGUAUGGAAAAACUUGCUUUCAAGUGUUA